UUUUUUUUUGUCAAAAAAAAGUAAUUUUGUUUAUUGUACUAAUUUGCUUAAUUUUGUUCAUAUUUAUUUUAAGUGGUAUUUUUUUUUUAGUAACAUUUAUGUACCUUUGAAAAGAAAUGGGGGAAAAACUGACAAAGUCUAAUGUGUCUGAAAAGUCGCAAAGUUUAAACUUUUCUGCUUCGCAAAGUACAUUGAUUGGAGAUGACACAUUAAGUGAUAAUGAAAAGUUGUGGAAAUAUAUUCGAGACAAAAAAAAUUGUAGCAAUAAACAAAAAAAUUUAUUAGAACUACUUUCUCAGGAAGUGCAGAAACCUAAUUUCGAUAUUCAAGUAGUAAGUUGUGACGAUAAUAUAUCGGAUAACAGUGUUAAUAACAUAAAAAAGAAGGCAGCGCAGGAUAUUUCGCAAGCAAAAAUCGAUGAUGAAGAUCCAAAAAUUAAAAUUAAUGGGACUAUUGGUAAUUCCGAAAGUUCUGAAACAUCACAAAAAGUUGAAUCGAACAUUAAGUCAAAGAAAAUUAUAUCUCCCUCAAAGCGUCAACUGCGCAGUAGUUUUAGAAAAUGUAAAAAUUUGGGCAGACGUGUCUUACUUAAAGAGUUUGAAAAAACGGCUACGCAAAAAAAUCAAUUUAACCCAAAAUGCAACAGCACUCCUAUUUGCAAACAUAAUGAUCCAAAAAAUAAUGAUUGCACCAUUAAUUCAGAUUUUGAUGGCUUAUCUCCAAUCACAGAAACAGCUAGUAUUGAAGUUAAAGUAAAAAAAGAUAAAGAAAAUCUCAACUUGAAGGAAAAAGUAGGGAACAGAGAAAAAGCAAACAAUAAAAGUAACGAUAAAAUUUUCAAUGCAGAUUUUACUGUAAUUCCAAAUACACAAGAUCAAUUGAUUGAUGAUCAUUUAGAUCAGAAUUGUAAUAAAGAAAUUACGAUAGUGAUUCCGGAAACACAGGAAAGAAAUAAUGAAAUUAUAGAUGAAGAAGAAAAUAUAAAAAACAAUUCAAAAUCGAAAAGCAAUUCUGCUUUCGGUAAGAGCUGUUAUACCGAAAAGUCUAUGGAAAUAAGCUUUUCCAAUCAGUCUAAAUCUCAAAGGAAAAUUGAUGAAUUAGCUGAAGCUUUAAUGAAAUGCCAACAAGAAAUAUCAGAUAUGCAAAAUAAAUUUCAAGAAACUAAUUGUGUCAAUAGUAUCACACCGAAAGUUCAGGACAAAAAAGGAAAUACAGAUAUUUCACCUAAAAGGAUGGGAAAAAUUGUUGAUAGCGAAUCAAAAAUACCUUCAAAACGAAGAACUUUUACUGUUGAGUCAAAUGUUCUUCAAAAUUCUAACAAUAAUGAAUUAUCAAGGGAGGUCCUUUCGGAAAAUUGUAAUUUAUCAACAAAUUGUAAUAGAGAAACUGUUUUAGGUAAAACAAUAGAAUUUGACGGGUUUUCAACCAGAAAUCAAAGCGGAGAAGAAUUAAAUAAAGUUAUGUCUGAAAAACACAAUUUAAAUCAAAAAGAAAUUCCUAGAAGUACUAUAAAUCGAGUGUCGCGAAUACCGCAAAUGAAACGUAAUGGUAUUUUGGCUUCUUUAAAAUGCCCAACUCCAAAGCAUAAAUUUAAUAAUUCGAAAGAGUUGUAUUUGUCAAAAAUAUCUUCCGUUGAAAAUUUGUCAGAUAAAAAUCCAUCUAACUAUAACAAUUCUGAAAAACAUAAAGCUGAUAAUACGAAUACAUCACGUAUGAAUUUAAUAAUUGAACAAUUGCAAAAAUCUAUCCCGAUGUCUCCAGUUUUCGUUAUGAUUGAUAACCAUAACAAUAGAAACAACGAAACAAAUAAAUCUAAUAUGAAUUCAGUAAGAGAUGAAGAAGAAAAUUUACCUCGUCCACCUCCUGAAUUUUCUGAUUCAUACAAACCUAAAAAAUUGCGAAUCAAUAUAAAGAAAAUGCAUAUUCCUUCGGGUAUAAAACAAGUUCGUGAAAAGGGUCAAAGUAAAAUUGAUGACAUUGAUGGUAUAUUAACCAGUGAUGAUGAAUAUUAUAACGACGAUUUUCACUCUAACAUAAAAGAAUCAGAAACAAAAACAAAUAAAGAAUAUAUUAUAAAUAAAGAAAAUAUUGAUGGAAGGAAAAGAAAAACGAAUACUCAUCAACGGAAUUGUAUUACAACUGAAGGUGAUACAAAUAGCCUGAUUUUUAACAAGGAACUAUCCAUAUCGAAAAAUUGUACUACCCACGAUUUAUCGUCAAAGAACAAAAGCAAAAUUUGUAUUCCCGAUAACUUUUCUGUUCAACCCGUGGACUUAAGGAAAAGGAAAUCUCGAAAAUCAUCCCUGUUAGCUAGUUUUAAAAUAAAAGAGCAAAACAAAUAUCUUUCAGUGAAAAGAAAUUCGUCUGACGAAAAUUAUUUUCGUAAUGGCAAAAGAAAACCUGUUGUACUAUUGGCAAACAUUUUUUCAGAAACCUCUGGGUAUCAAUCAUUUACAGACAUAAUUAAUGAAGCUAAAAGCAAAAAUAUAAAUAAAAAACAAAAAUCGGCUUCUAAACUGACAGAAAAAUGUUCUCUAUCAGCAAUUAAUAAUGAAGUCAAUACGACAGAAAAAUAUAAAACACAUUAUUCUGACUGUUUAAUUUUACGUGAUGAAAAUCAACAAAGUUUAAAAAAUUUAUCUUUUCCUGCCCCACCUUCGUUUUUGCUUCAAAAUGGAACUGAUUCAACUUUGGACAUUGAUGCGGAACAGCAUAUUUUAAAAAAUUCAACUUUUCCUGCCCCGCCUUCAUUCUUGCUGCAACAAGGAGAUGAUUUCACUCUCGAAAUAAUGGGUCCUGAAAAUGGUUUUGCUGAGGAACUCGCAAGUAGUAAUAAGAGAAAUCGUGACAGGUUAUCAAGGUGCUAUAAAUUUCAACUUGCAAAUGAAAAAAAUGGAUACAGAAAGCGUUCUUCAUCGGUUCCUCUCACCCAAAAUUUUCAAAAUCAAAAUGAAUUUUCGGAAGUUCAAUCUCAACCUGGAUACAGUCAAAUAAAUCACAAAAAUAGGUUUCAAACAGGAGAAGGUGAAAAACCACGUGAAGUAGUUAUUGACAUACCGCCAAUGCAGAAUACUUUUGACUAUGUUUCUGAUUAUUUAAAACAUAAUUUAGAAGACAAGCAAAAGGAUUUAUCCUUAUUAAACACUUCUUUUACACAAAAAUCAUUUCCACGGACACAGAACGAUCCGGGUGAUGUAGUUUGUACCUCUUCAAAUCGAUCUAAAAAUUUUAUUGAUGAUGAGCAUCAGAGUAGUGCAGAAUCAAAUUAUAUUUGUGAUCAGCCUGAAGUUGUCCAAAAACUUUGGAAAAAAUCGAUUAAAAAAAAAGAAAAUGCAUCAAAAUCAGGCAAAUUAAAAAAUACUUCAAAAAAUAAGAGAACAAAACAAAACAUGGAUCCACUUAAAACUACUUAUUUAAAUUUAACUUCUAGCCUCAGUACAGCAAGUCACAAUAUAUCUUUAAAUCAAGCAACAGAUGUUAGUCGGCGAAAAUUAUACGACAAAGAGUUGUCAGAGAGCGAAGAUUUGAACAUGGAACCUCUGAACAACGAGCCCAAGAAUUUGAACUGUGAUAAGGAAUCCAGUUUUAAUAACGUUAAACAAAAAUAUGCUAAAAAGAAAAAUGAGUCUAAUAGCAAUAAAAUUAUUUUUAAUAAUAUAGUUUCAUCGUCAGAAAAUUCAGAAGAGGAUUUUGUAUUUAAAAAGCCACUUUUACCGGCUCCCAAAUCUAAGCAAAGUUCGAAAUGGAAUAAAAGGGAUUCAAACAAAAAAGCGAUUGAAAAUAAUGAUCUAGAAAAUGAAAUAGAAAUGUCAACAAGCCCGAAAAAACUAUCAACUAAAAAAGAAAAGGGUACGCAAGAAGUUGACAAACUAUUACAAAGUUUGCCUAAGAGGUAUAAAGAAGUAGUAAACUUAAACAUAAAUGACACGAUUUCAUCUGAGGUCCGCAGAUCAAGCCGAAAGGCAGUUCCGCGUAGAGUUUAUACUUAUUGGGCAAAUAAAUAUGAAAACGUACGGUCCUUAACCGAAUAUAAUAAAAUUUUAAAAGAUAUCUAUAAAGCUGAUAAAAAAUCACAAAAAAAUCGGUCUGAAAAAACAAAAAUGAGGAAAAAUGAAGAAAUUAACGUCGAUGAGAAUAAAAAUAGUUUUCAGAAAUCUGAAGCAAGCAAAAAAAAGAAGAAUAUUCAAGCGAAGAGUGUUAAAAAAUCUAAAAGUGUGCAGAAAAAUUUAAAAAUUAACCAAAACAAUUUGGAAAGUGCAGAUGAAAAUCCUGCUUCUCCUGAGUAUGUAAGGGGGGUGGAAUUACAGAAUUUAACUCAUUUUUCUGAAAAACAAAAUGCGCAAUCAAAUAAAGUUAAAGAAGUAAAUGGAAAUAAAAAUCGAAUUCAACCCAGUGGCGCAGAUUUGAUUGAAACGGAUAGUCAAAGUCAAUCUAAGGAAGAGAUGUUGAAAAUUGUUGAUACAUUGAAAGAGAGCUUUACUAAUUUUGAAACCACCAUACGUUCUAAAGUUUCAAAGACAAGGGUAAAAAAUGUACGUGAACAAAAAAGAAAAUCAACAAAAUCCAAAAAAAAACUAGAAAAUCCAAAUGAAAUAAAAUCAAAUGAAGAAGUGUCAGGUGAAAAAGAAAUUAUUUCAGAAGUGACGCCGGAUAAAUCAAUUGAUAUUAACGUACACAAUUGUGAGACAGGCUCAAAAAGGAGUGACACUGGCUCAAAUUCAGAUAAUUAUUCAACAAAAACAGUUAGUGAUAAUUUAAGUAAGCCGUCUGAUAUGGCAUCGAACUACGGCCCUACUGAAGAUUUUUUUCAUUGGAUAAAACGAUUAGUUUCUGUUAAUAAUGAACAAAACAAUUUGGAAUUGAAUAACAAUAAAAAUUCACAGAAUCCUGGAUUUGAAAGAUUUUUUGCUGAAGACACUUUUAGAAUGGUUGAUAUUAAUCAAACGCAGUUUUCUGAAAAAGAUGGAGUCUGUUAUAUAUUUUAUAACGAGAUUAUGUCAAGAAAUAUGGGCUUUAUUAAAUUUUCACCUGGUUCUAAAAAACCUAAGGCUAAGUCAAGAGCUUAUAAUUUGCAUUUUUUGUUAUUAUUUGGAGUAUUAGAAUUUUAUAAUGAAGGAGAAUCUCAUCAUUCAACAGCGGGAAGUCUUAUUUUCGUUCCUAAAGGUUCCAGUUAUCGUAUAAAUAAUAACUCAAAGGACGUGGCUUGUUUAUUUUUUAUUAAAAUUAUGGACGGAGAUAUAAAUAAGUAAAUUUUUUACUCAUAAGUUGUUUUAGAUUUAAAAUUGCAGAUGUUAAUACAUUUUUCUUAAAUAAAAUUAUAAUAGGA